AUGAUGAAAGAAGACGAAAGCGUGGCUGGGAAAGACUACUUGCUGAUUGAUCUAAGGAGAACCGACCAUCAAGGUGGCACUAUCCGGGGCUCCAUCAAUCUUCCCGCGCAAAGUUUAUACCCAGCUCUGCCAACAGUCUACAAUAUGAUCAAAGCCGCCGGAAUUCGGAGGGUCAUAUGGUACUGCUCAUCCUCUCGUGGCCGGGGCACCCGUGCUGCUUGCUGGUUUAGUGAUUAUCUAGAAGAGAAAGGAGAUACGAGUACUCAAAGCCUUAUUCUUCUAGAUGGAAUCAAAGGAUGGGCGAAAGGAGGCGCUGAAUACGUAGAAUGUAUUGAUGACUAUGACCACGCUUACUGGGAGAGUCAGUAG